AUGUUCGGAGUUGCAAUUAGAACACCUGUUAAACCCUCAGGCGCGCCUCUCUCUAGGACCCCGGAAGUCGAUAGCCCUAAUACCAGCUCAAAAUCAUUACGCUUGAUCAAUUCUAAUCAAACUACACACACUGAGGCUAAAAUGUGGUUAGACCAAGGGCUGGAAGCCCUAGGGAAUUCACGUAAUCUGAAAACAGAAAUUAAAAUAACUAUUGAUAAAUGCUUAAAUAACCUUUACAAAAUAAUAACAACACUCUCACCAGAUAAAACCCCUUCAGACACUCUACUCGCCAGCUUACCGUCAUUCUCUUCAACAACUCUCCAAAAUUCUACUGCCCCAUGUGCGCCGGUCGACCCAUAUACCCAAAUUCCCUCCACGUCUGCUUCUACCGCCACCCAGGAUCUGUGGAAUAAAAAGAUAGAUGAACAUACUAAAUUACUAAUACAAAAUACCAAUACCAUGCAUAAAUUUAUAAAUAAAAUAAAUAUCAUUAACAAUAACAAAAUACACGGCGGCGAAACUCAUUUCACCAGCCCUGCAAAUAUGCCGCGCUCGUACUCGGAUAUAGUAUCCACGCCUAAACAAACUUCGGGACCUUCCCUGGUGGUCAGCGGCGAACCAAAUUCAUCUGCCCAGACUCUCAUAGACAACAUACGUAAAGAUAUAAACUUCCGUGAGGGGGGUUAUGCUCCACUUCAAAUAUCACCUCUUUCUAAAGGCAAAAUACGAGUAACAUUUGAAACUGAAGACAACAAGAAAAACGCUCUUCAACAACUCACCAAGUCUAGUACCCUUAAGGCAGAAGAGGAGAGACGAUACGACCCCCUCAUCUGCCUUAAGGGGAUCUCAAAAACCACACCUGAGGAAGAGGUGAUCGAUAUGAUUAGGGAGCAAAACCCCACGUUAAGAGAGGCCCAACUGAAAAUAAAGUUUCUUCGCAAUAAUAAAAAUGAUAAAUUAUAUAACCUCGUAUUAACUGUCUCACCCACCGCGCACCGCGCUCUACUCGAGAUGGGCCGAGUUGCUAUAUCAUUUCAACGUGUACAUUGUUGCAAUUUUUCUCCUUUCAUGCAAUGCAGAAAUUGUCUUGGAUUCGGGCACACUAAAAACCGCUGCCCAGCCCGCACUCCCACCUGCGCCAAGUGUGCAUCGGCCCAUCUCACCCGGGACUGCGUGAAAGAACCCAGCGAAAAACCCACUUGCGCUAACUGUCUUGAACAUAAUUUACAAUUUAAGAACUCCUCAGACGUUUCUCAUCGCGCUGACAGCGAGACUUGCCCCAAAAAUCACACACUCACAUUCACACAAGCGAACCUUGACAGGUCUCGUAUUGCGUUUCACGAAUUCAAAUUACAUUUCAUAAAUAAUAAUACUGAUAUUGCUCUCAUCUCAGAGCCAUACAUAGGUAAACAAAAAUCAGUCACACACAUAACAGGUCUACGCGUUUUUCAAUCUGAUAAGAACGGACCGACUAAGGCAUGUAUAGUCACGAAAGAUCACAUCAAUGCACAUAUAAUAUCACAAUACACAACAAAUAACAUAGUAAUUAUUGCCAUCACCACUCGCUCAGCUACACUCUAUCUCGCCUCAGUUUAUAUUGAACCGGAAAAUGACGCAAAUCAAACUCUCUCACUAUUAGAACAUUUUCUCAUACACAAUCCGAAUAUAGAUAUUUUGAUUGGUGGAGACUUCAAUGCAUGGCACCCACUUUGGGGCAGUGGCCCACACGCUCGAUAUAAUAACAGGGGACACGAAGUAGUCGAUUUGAUUAAUGCCACCGAUCUUUUCUUAUGUAACACAGGUAACGAGCCCACUUUUCAAACAGUCACACACGGCCGCGCACGCUCAUCUAUUAUUGAUCUCACUCUAGCCUCAUCUUCUACACUCACCAAUAUUUUAGAAUGGAAAGUACUACAGAACCUAUUCCCACACUCACAACACAACCCUAUUACUUUCAAAUACAAUCAUUCAAAAAACCCAAUCAUCAAAUCACAGACACACAGCACAUUCAAAUAUAAAACACAUAAAGCAAACUGGCACGCAUUCAAAGAAUCAUUACACACACACAUUAUUAACACUGACAUCCUUGACACAAAUUUUUCAACUCUCACACCUCUUCAGCUAGACAAUAUUAUUACAACACUUACAAAACUUAUCAAUCAAGCUGCUACGGACACAUUUUCUUCACGUUCGCACACACACAAGCCCCGAGCCCCUUGGUGGAAUAAUCACUUAGAAGUCCUUGGAGCCAACUGUAAACGGUUACACCAUCAACUCAGCCGUGCCUGUAGGGGUAACAACUCACCACCCACUAUUCUCGUUGAUGAAUACCUCACAGCUAAAGAAGCAUACUCCAACGCGAUACACAAAGCAUCCACCGAAAAUUUCAAAGAAUUUUGCAACACACAAGGUAAGGAGGAUGUCUGGUCCGUCACGAACCGCCUUAUUAAAACGUCAUCACCCAACAUACAACUAGGUACACUCAAAAUCAACAACUCAUACACAAAAACAGAGAAAGAGACUGCUCAAGCACUAUUGAACCACUUUUAUCCAGAAAACUUACCUGACACUGAACCUAGACAUACCGACCUUUCAUUAAGAACUAGUACUCCUCCUAACACUGAAAACGACCCUCCCUUUACCAACCAGGAAAUAUUAGACGCAGUUAGCUCCAUAGGGCACAACAAGGCCCCUGGACACGACCACCUCACCAGCGACAUCUGUCUGACCGUAACCAAGGCUUACCCCGAUCUAAUCAGAAACAUACUUAACCGAUGCCUGGAAAUCGCGCACUUUCCAACCUCCUGGAAAGAAGCGAUAGUAAAAAUAAUACCCAAACCCUCAAAAACGGAUUACACUGAACUGACUUCCUACCGUCCCAUAGGGCUUCUGCCUGUGUUUGGGAAAGUAUUAGAAAAACUACUGACUAAACGACUAACCUACAAUGCCCAUAAACUUCACUUACUCAGUCAAAAUCAAUACGGAUUUACUGAGCAAACGGGAACAACCCAGGCCAUUCAGUCUGCUCUUGACGCUAUAAACAUGGCUAAACUAAACAAACAGUUAGUUAUCGCAGUCUCAUUGGACAUAAAAGCGGCUUUCGAUAACGCUUGGUGGCCCGCUGUCUUUGAAGGCCUCCGCCAAGUUCAAUGCCCACGAAAUAUAUUUAACACACUCUAUAGUUACCUUUCACACCGAGCCGUUACUUUACACUUAGGAAACACAACACUCACACAUUCCACAGAAAAGGGCUGCAUACAAGGUUCCGCAUGCGGCCCUAUUCUGUGGAACAUCAUAAUAAAUGACCUCCUUACCAACAUUGCCUUACCUUUAGGAUGCACAAUCCAGGCAUAUGCGGACGACGUCCUUCUAAUAGUAUCGGCGAAGGAUUUAUCGACCCUUGAACUUACAACCAACACAGCACUCGAGAACAUUCGCCGGUGGGGUAAUAGUGUCAAACUAAAAUUCGGUCCGACCAAAACACAAUGCACCUCAUUCACACAGAAAUCAAAACAUGCAAAAAUCAUCUUUGACAACACACCCUUACAAUUUUCUAACUCAUUCAAAUACUUAGGACUUAUAAUUGACAGUAAGCUAAAAUUUAACGAACAUAUUACAUACAUUUCUAACAAAGCACAUAAACUAUUUCACAAAUUACAGAUUUACACUAGACCCACCUGGGGACCUCAUCCCGAAAACAUAAAAGCCAUCUACAACAAAGUCAUACAACCUAUCAUUACAUAUGCCGCAAGCAUCUGGGGUCAUGUAGCUAAAAAACAGGGAAUAAAAAACAAACUUAUUAGUUUGCAACGAAACUUCGCCAUCAAAGCCAUUCGCGGAUUUCGGACAGUCUCGGCGAACGCAGCAAUAGCACUGGCUAGAUUCACCCCACUAGACCUAAAAAUACUAGAAACACAUGAAAUAGAAAACAUACGAAUCAAUCACACAUCAGAUAGAAUUCCCAAAGAUAUUCCUAUAGAAAGACCAGUUUGUUUUACAGAACUUCUUCACCCGUAUGAACGCAUUUCAAUAGAUACACUUUCAGCGGACACAUACUCAAAAACCAACCAUUCCAUUUACAACCACAUCUACACGGACGGUAGUAAACAAAAGAACGGUUCAACUGGCGCUUCUUUUGUUGAUUACCGCCCAACAGAAAACAAUCACAUACACACUCACACAAAACAAAUUAAGCUUCAUCACACAAGUUCAGUAUUCCAAGCUGAACUCAACGCCAUCAAACAUGCAUGCGCAUACAUAUAUAAUAAAAACAUCACACACGCAAUCAUACAUACUGACUCACUUUCAUCAAUCUUUGCAUUAAAACAACAAAACAACACAAAUCCCACUGUCUCCGAAAUCCACAAAACACUACACAUAAUCAAGAACACUCAUCCUCUUUCAAGCAUUCUCUUCACUUGGGUAAAGGGACACUCAGGCGUUGAAGGAAAUGAAGCGGCGGACAGGGCAGCCAACAAAGCUGCUAAUGCACAUAAAGCGCCGGAAUUCAUAUCAUUCGCAACUCACCCGCCGUCCGGAGCGCACGCACUCGGAGCCGCUCUACGCGUAGCAAUAACUCAAAAUUAA